CUUUUUUCCUCUGCAGCCUUUCAAAAUAAAACCCGGGUGGCCAUUUUGGCGGAGCUGGACAAGGAGAAGAGACGGCUGAUGCAGAAUCAGUCGACAAACAACCCAGGAGCCAGCAUCUCGCUGUCCAGACCGAACCUGAAGGACUUCAGGGACAACGCAGAGCAGCAGCACAUCGCCGCCCAGCAGAAAGCUGCCCUGCAGCAUGCACACGCCCACUCGUCCGGCUUCUUCAUCACUCAGGACUCUUCGUUCGGGAACCUCAUCCUCCCCGUGCUUCCACGCCUGGAGCCCGACUCGUGACCUUUCCAGAACAAUCCUCACCCUUCGCUUUCUCUUCUCUUCUUGUCUUUUCUUUUCUUACAGUGAUUAACUGGUGAUCAGGAAAAAAAAAACCUUGUGGUUUGGUCUCGUCUGAAUUCAGUCCAUGAAUUUAAUUUGCACAUCGCACCGUCAGCAUGUGACAUCAUGCAUGAUUU